AUGUGUGGAUGGGACCAAAGUUACACGGCGACCUCUCAUAGCUCGGCCAUGUUGACCAGUGAGGGGGCGCACAGCAUGGAGCAGGACGACUCGCAGCGCGGACCCAAGAUGGCGUCCGCCGCCACCACAGCCUCCGGCGCCGGCUCCAGCUCCGACGGAGCCGAGACCAUGACAGACACAGACGUUGACAUGGAGAUGGAGGAGGCAGACAUGACUCGGUGGACGGAGACAGAGUUUGACGAGAAGUGCACGUACAUCGUAAAAGACACGGCGUGGGAGGCGGGGCCAGACAGUGACGCCAUGAUGACCACGACAACCAGAGCCGAGGCUUCUCUGCCCCGGAACCUGGCCUUCAAGCACCCAGCCGACGGCAAGGAGGUGGUCGGCGUGUGCAGCAGGGAGUACAUCCCCAAAGGAACUCGCUUCGGCCCCCUGGUGGGAGAGAUCUACACAGCGGACAGCGUUCCCCGAGACGCCAACCGGAAGUACUUCUGGAGAAUCUACGCAGAGCGGGAGUUCCAUCACUUCGUGGACGGCCUGGACGAGACGCGCUCUAAUUGGAUGCGCUACGUGAACCCCGCCCACUCGGCAGCGGAGCAGAAUCUGGCGGCGUGUCAGAACGGCAUGGAGAUCUACUUCUACACGGUGAAGCCCAUCCUCGCCGGCGCCGAGCUGCUGGUCUGGUACUGCCACGACUUCGCCCGGCGCCUCAACUACCCGCCGUCCGGAGAGAUGAUGAUGCAGAAACUCAAGCAAUCCCUCCUGGAGGUCAAGCAGCAGCAGGUGAGCAGUGACCAGCACGUGGGCGGAGCCUCCAGUCCGUCCCCCGUGGCCGUGACGCCCGCCCCCCCCAAGAGGGAGCACAGCGUCCUGUCCAUCCUGCGCGGCACCAACAGCUCCUCGGCGUCCUCGUCCGCCCGGAGGGAGCCCACCCGGCCGCUGCCCACCCGCCCGGGCUGCGCCGACAGCCCCGAGCGCCCCCUGUACCCCCGCGCCCUCUACCCGGCCUUCAGGGGCCACACCCACAUCGCUGAGGACUUCCUGAGCCACAAGCCCGGCCAGCUGGGGUACCCUGCAACCCGUUCCCCUGGCAACCACUCCUCGGCGACGCCCAGCCCGUCGGCGAGGAGCAGCCCGGACAGCACCCCCCAGGGGAGUCCCUCGGGGGCGGUGCCUUCCCCGGCGUCUUUCUACCACGGUGGUCCGGGCGCCUACCCUGGGUACUCCCCCCCUUCAGCACCGCUCUCCUCACCCUUCUACCCUCCAGGAACCCCCUACCCACGGUACCUCCUGCCCCACCACUACCCCCUGCCUGGCGGGGGGGUCCCCACAGUGGGAGGGCUCCUCCCCCGGAUGUACUCGCUCUACAGCAGCCUCCUGCCCGCCCACGUGCCGCUCCUGCCCUCCGACGCCACCGGGAGGCGCUUCCUGAUGCACGAGCCCCUCCACGCCUCCUCCAUGUCUGCUCACAGAGACUUCCUCCUGCCCGGGCCCACAAGCGCCUUCUCCUCCGCCACCUCUCUGAAGGACAAAGCAGGGCCCCCCCACCCUUACCCCGGGCACGCUCACCUCCACGAGCAGGGCCGCGCCCCCUCCAGAGGCUCGCCCACGGCGGGCACGGCCCCCCCCAGCGAGCGGAUGCCCACCAAGCCGACCUCGGCCCUGCUGGGCAGCGCCAGCGAGCUCUGCCACGACGAGGAGGCCGUCAACCUGAGCAAGAUGAAGCGCGGCGUGGGCUCGGCCGGCUACAAGGCGCUGCCGUACCCGCUGAAGAAGCAGAACGGAAAAAUCAAGUACGAGUGCAACGUGUGCAGCAAGACGUUCGGACAGCUGUCGAACCUGAAGGUUCAUCUUCGUGUCCACAGCGGCGAGCGACCCUUCAAGUGUCAGACGUGUAACAAAGGCUUCACGCAGCUGGCUCACCUGCAGAAGCACUUCCUGGUUCACACCGGGGAGAAGCCGCACGAGUGCCAGGUUUGUCACAAGCGCUUCAGCAGCACCAGCAACCUGAAGACUCACCUGCGGCUGCACUCGGGCGAGAAGCCGUACCACUGCAAGCUCUGCCCGGCCAAGUUCACCCAGUUCGUGCACCUCAAGCUCCACAAGCGCCUGCACUCCCGCGACCGGCCACACAAGUGCCCGCACUGCCACCGCCACUACAUCCACCUGUGCAGCCUGCGCCUGCACCUGAAGGGAUACUGCCUGGCCGCCAGCUCCGGCGCCGGCAGCCCGGGCGUGUCCAGCCAGGCCGCCCUGGAGGAGGUGCACCGCGCCAACGAGGAGAUCGAGCGCUUCGACAUCAGCGAGCACGCCGAGCAGCUGGAGCUGCUGCAGGGCGGCGUGGAGGUGGAGGCGCUGCUGGAGAAGCAGGUCCUGGGGAUGGCGUGGGCGGAGAGCGACCUCAAGUCCUCCCACUUUCACCCCCGCCACAAGGGCGACGCCGGCGAGCUGCUGUCAGCGGGUUACGGUUCCUACGAGUCCCCGAACGAGACGUCGGUCAUCAAGAUCCGGCGCAGCACCCCCGUCACGCCACUUCCUGCCCACGUCACCGUCAAGCAGGAGUCGGAGGAUCACGCUUAAAUGACCUUUGACACCAACGGACACGGAGCAGAGACUGCGUGGCUCAAAGUGGACGAGGUUGCCGAGAGCAACCGCUGUAAAUAAUGAAAUCUCGACCUGGUUGUCGACAGGAUGUGACAUCAUCACGACCACGCCGGGUUUUCGACCUAUCAGGGACUCUCGUACUCAGGGCCGCGACAGACACUGUCCCAGGACUACUUCACAGUUUCAGCGUUUAUUAAACUAAGAGACAAUCAACUACCCAGGACUUCAUGU